CUCCCCAUCCUUCCCUCAGUCAUCUCUCGAGUCGUAAAGAUGAUUUGCAUGCAGGAGGAGAGCAGAACUUUGCAGUGAGCUCAGUGGGGAAAUUGAGAGAGAAAUAAAAGGAAGACUGAAAAUCGUGGAGCAGGAGAAAAAGUUUAAAGAGGCGACUGCAGCUGAAAAUGAGUUUGGAGGACAUGUGGUGAGCCGUUCCCCUCCAGCUGAACGUCACGGUGGAAGACCAGGUCCAGACCAAAGUGCUAUCUGAAGCCCGGAACAUUUCAGAUGGAGGUGGAUGCAGACGAUAAGCGCCAUCGCACACGCUCCAAAGUGCCUGUGGAUCCAGCGCUAACAGAGCUUUUCAGUGUGUAUGGCUGCCCCUUGGCCAAGAAGAGGAAGAGCCUAGACCGACCAACCCUGGAAACAUCCCCUAAGAGGAGCACCUACCUUGAUGACAUGGACAACUCCACAAUGGAGGAGUGUUACGAGACGGAUGGAACUGAGGAGAUGGACGACAGGGAAGAAGAAGAUGAGGAAGAGGGCGCCGUAGAGGAGGAGGGAGAAGUGGAGGAGGACGACGAAGAGGAAGAUGUGGAAGGCUAUGUGGACUAUAAUGAAGAACAAAUGGAGCCGGAAGAAGGCGAAGAUGAAGACAGAGGCCAUGAAGAAGAAGACGACGAAGAAGAAGAAGAAGAAGUAGAGGAAGAAGAGGAGGUAGAGGUGGAGCAAGAAGAAGAAGAGGAAGGUGAAUUGAGGAUAGACGAGGGAGAGGAGGAGGAGGAAGAAGAAGAGGCGGUAGAAGAGGUGGACUAUGAGGAAGGGGAGGAGGAUGAACGGGAGCAGAAUCAAAGGCCAGAGGAGGAUCAGAUGGGCCCUGGUGAGGGUGGCGGUGGCGGUGGCGGUGGCGGUGGAGGUCCCAGAGCCGAUAACGACGAGUACGAAAACUACGACGAACUGGUGGCCAAAUCCCUCCUCAACCUGGGCAAGAUCGCGGAAGAUGCGGCAAACCGCGCCAUGACGGAGUCUGAGAUGAACAGUAACUCCUCCAACAGUGCUGAGGAAGAGGGGGAGGAGGAGGAGGAGGAGGAGGAGGAAGAAGAAGAAGAAGAGGAGGAAGAGGAGGAGGAUGAGGAGGAAGAGGAGGAGGAAGAAGAGGAAGAGGAUGAAGUGGAGGACGGUGAUGAGACGCAGAGGGGAGAGCUGACUUUGGAUGUCGACAGCGAUGUAGUUCGAGAAACGGUGGACUCCCUAAAGCUGCUGGCGCAGGGUCACGGCGCUGUUUUGUCCGACAGCUUGGACGGACAGGGGUUUGAGGGCGGUGCCGUUGGGGAUGAGACUGACUACUCCCACGCUGGGGGCAAUGCACACCACGGUGGUAAUGGACAAAUGAAGACAAAUAAUGGACAAAUAGAAAACAGUGACGAGGAGGUGUGUUUAAGCAGUCUGGAGUGCCUAAGGAACCAGUGCUUUGACUUGGCUCGGAAACUAAGCGAAACCAAGUCCAUCGACCGAAAUGGACCAUCCCAGCAAAAUCAUUACUCCUGCGGGGACCCCAAUCAACAGCUCCAGCAUCAUGUCUAUGGAGACUUCCACCAUGGCCAAGACAGCAGACGAACACUUGAUAGAAACUAUUCCGACAUGGAUAACCUCAUGAAGCUGGAGGAGCAGCUCAGCCCACGCUCCAAGGCCUUCUCCAGCUGUGCACAGGAUGAGCGCUAUCACACCAACCACAGGGACUUUGAUGAGGACACGGCCUCCGUGACCUCAGACCGAUCGGAGGAAGUAUUCGACAUGACCAAGGGGAAUCUGUCUCUGCUAGAGAAAGCGAUCGCGCUGGAGUCGGAACGUGCCAAGGCAAUGCGGGACAAAAUAACAGCCGAGGCGGCCAGAAGAGACGGGGUGAGGUACGGUCACGAAGACCACGGCCCACGGCACGGCUACGGCGUCGAGCGUAAAGCCCGGCUUCUUGAUGGUAUGAAGAAGCCUUUCUUCCAUAAAGACUCCUCCCGUGCAGACAAGAAGGAGAGCAGGUGUCCGACCCCGGGCUGCGACGGCACGGGUCACGUGACCGGCCUGUACCCGCACCACCGCAGCCUCUCCGGCUGCCCGCACAAAGACAGAGUGCCACCAGAAAUUGUGGCUAUGUAUGAGAAUGUUCUUAAGUGUCCUACGCCCGGCUGCACGGGACGCGGCCAUGUCAAUAGCAACAGAAACUCCCACAGAAGUCUGUCAGGAUGUCCCAUCGCUGCUGCAGAGAAGCUGGCCAAAGCCCAGGAGAAGCACCAGACUUGUGACGGCCAAAAGCCCAACCAGCCCUCCGACCGAGUCCUAAGGCCUAUGUGCUUUGUCAAACAACUGGACUAUCCACAGUAUGGUUACAAGAACAAUGUUUCCACCAGCACGCCCCGCUCCAACCUGGCCAAGGAACUGGAGAAGUACUCCAAGACCAGCUUCGACUACAGCGCCUUUGACAGCGGCAACAACCACCAAGUGUACGGGAAGAGAGCCAUCGCACCCAAAGUUCACGGGCAAAGGGACACCUCCCCCAAAGGACAUGACGCUAAACGAUACUGCAAGAACUCGAGCUCGGCCAGCAGCACCACCAGCACGUACGCCCCCAGCAGCAGCAACAGCAGCCUGAGCUGCGGCGGCGGGGGAGGCGGCGCAGGAGGAGGCGGCGGCGGCAGCAGCGCCAGCAGCACCUGCAGCAAGAGCAGCUUCGACUACAGUCACGACAUGGAGGCUGCUCACAUGGCGGCCACCGCCAUCCUCAACCUGUCCACCCGCUGCAGGGAGAUGCCCCACAGCAUGGCGGGAAAGCCCCCGGACCUAUGCUCACAGAGCCCCGGUCUGGACGUGGACGAGAACGGUACGCUGGACCUGAGUAUGAGCAAGCGUCUGUGCAGCGGCAGUACGGGGGACUCGGUGCUCACCCCUCUGGAGCCCAUGUCCCCACAGAGGCAAGCCGCCCUGCUGGGCUCCCGCUGCUACGGCAUGGGGGACGCCGCCGACUGCUGGGACCUGCCUGUAGACUACACCAAGAUCAAACACAUAGACGAGGACGACAAAGAGCCGGAUGACCUGGAUCCCUUCCACGACCUCCUGGACGACCGCUCCUACACCACAGACGUGAACAUGCCCAGCCCUAAACCCAAGUACGUCCCGUGCAAGGAGAGUAAGAAGGACCUGAUAACAUGUCCCACACCGGGGUGUGAUGGAAGUGGUCACUUGACGAGCAAUUUCGCCUCACAUCGAAGUCUCUCAGGUUGCCCUUUAGCUGACAAAAGCAUUCGGAGCAUGCUGGCCAACAACGCUCAAGAGCUCAAGUGCCCGACACCAGGGUGCGACGGUUCGGGACAUAUCACCGGAAACUACGCUUCACACAGAAGUCUUUCAGGGUGUCCGCGCGCCAGAAAAAGUGGGAUCAAGAUCAUCCACAGCAAAGAGAACAAGGAGGACCAGGAGCCCAUCAGGUGUCCAGUCCCGGGCUGUGACGGUCAAGGACACGUGACGGGGAAGUACGCCUCUCACAGAAGUGCGUCGGGAUGCCCCAUAGCAGCCAAGAGACAGAAAGACGGCUACCUGAACGGCAUUCAGUUCACCUGGAAGUCUGGGAAGACGGAGGGCAUGUCCUGCCCGACGCCGGGCUGCGACGGCUCGGGCCACGUCAGCGGCAGCUUCCUGACACAUCGAAGUCUGUCCGGUUGUCCACGCGCCACCUCCGCCAUGAGGAAAGCCCGGCUCUCCGGAGUGGAAAUGCUCACAAUAAAGCAGCAACGAUCCAGCAAUGGGCUGGAACAUGACGAGGACAUCAAGCAGCUGGAUGAAGAAAUCAAAGAUUUAAGUGAAUCUAAUUCACAAGUGGAGGCAGACAUGAUCAAACUCCGAACACAGAUCACCACAAUGGAGUCCAACUUGAAGUCCAUAGAGGAGGAAAACAAGGUGAUUGAACAGCAAAAUGAAUCUCUGCUGCAUGAGCUGGCCAACCUCGGCCACUCACUGAUUAACAGUUUAGCUAAUGUCCAGCUCCCUCAUAUGAAACCGCUGGCACACAAAGAGUCUCCUCUGAGAAACAACAGCUGCUUACAGCUGCACCAGCAAGACGCCUUAAGCGAGCAGAACUUUGACGCCUACGUCACCACUCUGACAGACAUGUACACGAACCAAGAGCAGUACCAGAGUGCGGAGAACAAGGCCCUGCUGGAAAACAUCAAGCAAGCCGUUCAGGGGAUCCAGGUGUGAGGAUCUGCUGAGCGCCCCCUGCAGGAGCAGACGUGGCACUGACGCUUUCACCUCCUCGGUUCGGUGCAGUAACUUAUAUAGUGUUAUAUACUCUAAAUUCUGUUCUUUAAAAAAAAAAGAAAGAGGUUUUAUGAAUAAGAUGGCCAGAUAACUUUUCUCUCUUUUCUUUCUGGAUCUUGCUUUGAGGGAGAACAAGGAGUAAAUCGCAAAAUAGUUUUUGAGGACAUUCACAUUUUGUACGUUUUCAUAUGAGCUGACAUAGCAUCAUGUAAUGUUUCUAGCUGCUCAUGUAUGCACAUUUUUAGUGUAUAUUUCUGAACAGUAAGCUAAUGAUAACAGAGGUUCUUUUUACUGCAUUUUAGAUGCAAAACAUGGACAGCGAAACAAAAAUGUAGAAAACAAGCUACGAGGCAGGAGGAAGCUACUUAUUUUUCUCCUCUGUGGGUGAUUUUGGACUUGAUAAUUUUAGAUGUUUUUUUUUUUCUCUUCUUCGUCCUUUUCUUCUUGCGUGUAGACUGUCAAAGUGCAGGAACUGGUUUGCAAAUCGCUUUAUUUUCUGAAAAUGCUAGAGAAAUGUUUCUGUUUAGGUUUGGUGGGAAGUGUCGCUGUUGGUGGAGGUUUUUAAAACGGUGCUGUAUAUGAAUCCGAAGAGGAAACUGACCUGAUGUAUGUAUGAAUGUAUGAAUGAACAGUUAUAUUGUAAACAUCAUUACACGGAAACCCGAUGGUGGAAAUCCCAAAACUGUAUCUAAGAGAGCCGACUCAUCCCUUGAGGGACAUAUCACGCAUGCUCAUCAUUGAUUAGUUCGAGGUAGAAAAGAUGUAAAGACAAUGACCUAAAGAGGCCACACUAGCCUUUCUAGUAUCCAAUCUGCUCAAUUUUGUGUUGCUAGGAUCAAGAAAUAUCUCAGCAAUAUAGUAAUCAUUUGUUUAUAGGAGGUGAUGCAAUCUGCAAAGGAAAAUAAAAAGUUGGGAAUAUGCAAUUUCUUGUUUAUAAGCAUAGCGGGGUAACAUGAGUCUUUUUAAUAUAGCCUAUGUAAAAUAUUGAUUUUUAUACAAAUCUUUUAAUACAAAAGUCUUUUUAAAAAAGAGGAGGGAACCUGGACAUUGAGUUUUAGAAACAAAAGUAUAUGAGUUCCACUUUUUUUCUGUACGAUUUUGCACAGGGACACCUUCGUUUCCAUGUUUUGAUGUUCUUGCAGAAGCUAAAAGCAGUACCUGAGAACCUGCGGAGAGGGUUUCUGAGGGUUUUGUAAAGAGUAUUUAUAGAGUAUGACGGCGGGACUUACAGGGUCACUGUCCCCACUUAUGUGCCAGUCGACUAUUUGCACUUGUCCUUGAUGAUAUUAUCCUUACAUAUGGCGGCGUGCAAUUUUCCAGGUGACCUCUUUGGCACAUGAUUGGAGCAACCAGCUGCUCGGAGCCACUGCAGAUGUGGAGUUACAACCACGGAGAGGCAGAGAGGAAGAACAGGGACUUUGAAAAUCUGACAAAAGGAUGACUAUAACCAUAGCAGUUAUACUGUAGGCUGUUAUCAAGUGUAAAAACAUUAACCGAGUUCUUUCAUUUUUGCUAUGUUUUAGGAAGAUGAAGUUAUCCCCCAGCAGCACUUUAUAUCUAAUCACUGUACAAAGGAUUAAAUAAUCAAUCAAUUAAAGGUUCAAGACAAAAAAAAAGCAGAAGAGGCGAAGGCUUCAAGGGGUGAUACAAUCCAGCGUCACAUCCGUCUGCUUGAGAGCGCGCACCCCUCCAUUCUGUCCUAGUUGUUAGCCAUCAUGUUCAGAAUUUGCCUUUUUUGAGAGUUGAUGCAAAAGGUGCUUGUGGCUCAUCUGACUGAAUCUCAUCCGUUGUACUUUACAGUCCCCUUCCAGGACUCUACUACCCAUCAUCCAUGACUGCGUACGCCUUUCUCCACAGCAUCGUGUCUGCAGCUUUUUGCCAGUAUAGUUAUGCUUCAGUAGAGUAAAAGCUAGUAUCAGUUUUUGAAUUGAUUCUCAUUAUCAAUGAAAAAGGAAAAAGGGAUUUUAAAGCACAAAACCGGCUGCUCAUCUGACGUUGGUACAUAACUACAAACCUGAGAAGAGUUAUCUGUGACUAUCCAUAGGGAACACUAAAAGGUCGUCACAUAUUUAGAAUGCUCAAUUUUCAUAUAAAUUAUUGUGAAUUCAUCAGAGUUUAUUAUUUUGGUUGAGCCUGUUUAUUUUGAGGUUCAUUUCAGUGACCAUUAACAAAGACAGGAUUUUGUAUAAAAUAUUGUGCACUCUGUGGAACUGAAGUUUGAUUUAUUUUUGUACUACACAGCAUGGAUUUGUUGACAUUUUAAUUUUGCUAUAAAUGUGUGAGAUCACAAGUUGCUGUGAUAUUUCAUUUAUAAAUUGUGAACUUUGUACAAUUUUUGUCAUGCUGGAUGUUGACACAUCUUACUCAGAAUAAAGAAAAAAAAAUGUGUUGCCAGAGGCCUGUAA